CGAAAAGAGAGGACCUAAUCGCUUAUUCCGUGGAAUCAAGCAAAAGUACCGAAAAUAAAACUUAUUUAAUUCCGUUGCAUUGAGCCGUGCGGUUUGGAAUCCUCGAGUCCGUGUGGUAUAAAGCUGCCUUGCAAGUGGUGGAUGGACAAAUUCGCAAAUUCUUGCUUUACCUACCCUCGACGGAAACCGUAACUGUUCCCUUUCCCGGAGUCCUCGCAUCAGCAGAUUUCCACGUUCAGUGUGCUUCCCGUGUGUGUCGUUACUUCUACGCAAAAGUAACAGUAACAAAAGGCUGCGUUUUUGGUGAAAAUAAUCCGUUCCCACAGAGGCUCUGACCGACGUGUCCAGCAAAAGGAGGUUGCAAGAUGUUGAUCAAAGAAUUUCGAGUUACGCUACCACUGACGGUCGAGGAGUACCAAGUAGCACAACUGUAUUGCGUGGCGGAAGUGUCUAAAAAUGAAACCGGUGGUGGGGAAGGUAUUGAGGUGCUGAAAAAUGAACCGUUCGACAACUAUCCGCUGCUGGGUGGAAAGUACAAUUCCGGUCAGUAUACGUACAAAAUCUAUCAUUUGGCCUCCAAGGUCCCAGCCUUUAUUCGGCUGCUUGCACCGAAGGGAUCGCUAGAAGUGCAUGAGGAAGCCUGGAAUGCAUAUCCGUACUGCCGGACAGUCAUAACCAAUCCUGGCUACAUGAAGGAUAAUUUCAUCAUCUGUAUCGAAUCAUUACACGUCGGCGAUGCCGGCGAUCAGCCUAAUGCUCACGAGUUGACGCCAGAAAAGCUAAAGCAGCGUGACGUAGUCCACAUUGACAUCGCCAACGAUCCUGUCUCUCAGACGGAUUACAAAGAGACGGAGGAUCCUACGAAGUUCAAGUCGAAGAAAACUGGACGCGGCCCGCUGGUCGGUCCGGAUUGGAGAAAGAACGUGUCGCCGGUAAUGACCUGCUACAAGCUGGUCACCUGCGAGUUCAAAUGGUUCGGACUGCAAUCCAGAAUAGAGAACUUCAUCCAGAAGUCGGAGCGGAGACUGUUCACCAUAUUCCACCGGCAAGUGUUCUGUUGGAUGGACAGCUGGCACGGGCUAACCAUGCAGGACAUCCGCGAGCUGGAGGAUAAAACCAAAGAGGAGCUAGACAAACAGCGCCACGUCGGUGAGGUGCGUGGUAUGCGCGCCGAAAGUGACUAGAUCCAAUUCGUCCAUUCCGGUCCGAUCACCGUCUGCUAGAGAGCGGUGAGCGAAAAAAGUGGAACCAAUCGGGCACUGUUGGUGCAGGUGUGAAUUUUGAAGAGGAAAAAGAAUAGGGUUUUCGCCAUUUGCCCCACCCUCCCCUUCCCAUUUCAUUCCGCUUCCAAGCGCCUGGUGAUCGUACCGGUGUAAUAUGGGUAAGGAAGUUUUUUGGAGAGUGUUUAUUUUUUUUUGCUCGGUUUUCAUUAUAAGUUUUUGUUUUUGAGAAUUUUUGUGUUUUUUUUCCUUCCCUCAACUGAUAACACAAAUCCAUGCAAGGCAGAGAGAGAGAGAGAGAAAGAGGGAAGGAAAGAAGGAGGAGAUAGUGGAAAACGGGAACUAGACAUUAUGGGUGGUGUUAAAUGCAAAUAAGCAAAACGGGGGACAACAACAAACAAUGCUAACAGUAAGAUGAGUGCAGAACAGGGUGGGGGCAGUAUGUGGGCGGGUGUGUGUGUGUGUAUGUGUGUAAGUGCAGUAGGAAUGCCAGAAAAGAGUCAGAAAACCUAGUGCAAGACAUAUUGUAAUAGCAUAAGCAAAAACCCAAAUAGAGAAUUACUAAAUUCACGCAUAUAUGCAGCAGAGCACCCCAACCCGGUAUAAAGGCAGCAGGACAUAACAUUCGCAAAAUGCAAAACUAUACCUAAUGAUAACGAAUAGAGCGCAGUGUAACCGAAUAAAAUUGCAAUAACAAGAAAACGGAUCUAGUGUUCGCGAAUCCGUUCACGGGCGAAGGCGCGCAGUCUAGAAAAUGUGAUGUAUGAAACCAUUUAAGGGACAACCACAGCAAAUCUAUUCAAUAAUACCACCACAACAUGGCGGCAAUCGCAUCAGUUAAGCAAUAUACAGAAGAAAAUCAUCUCCAUAUGUAGUUCCUGUGCAACAGGUAACAUGUACACAAUGCAGACCAACAUACUAGACUAUGUGUGUGUGUGUGUGUGAGUGGGAGUGUGGGGGGUCUCACAAACUGCUUCCCUAGAUCGUGGGAACAAUUGGCGCUAGUGAUAAACUAAAUAGACAAGCAUAACACACAUUGCAAAUGGUUUAAACAAAAAAAAACAGCUACCUUUGAAUGCGCCCCCGCCCCCUCCAAAGCGAAGCCUAUUUUCUCUCUGCGAAGCACACGUUAGAAAAACGCAACGAGUUGAAUGCCAUUGGAGAAUGUAGAGUGCAAAAGCUGCGAAAGGAAAGUACGAAUUAAAAAGGAAACGGUGAAACGAAAGUUCAAUAAAACACCACUUGAAAAACAACUAAUCCACUAUCCCGCGACACCUGGGACGCAACUGGCACACAACUUUUAGCGAAAGAAAACCAUAACAUACCGAGAAUAAGGGAAAGGAAAGUGCAAUAAUUACGGUUUUGCAACUGAAGCACCUGUUGCUAGACCACUUUGUGUCUACCCCCUCCAUGAAUAACAUGCCACGUAUAGUAAGUAAUCGAUCUGCUAAAGUAAACACACAAUCAUUCAAAGCACCAUGCGUCUCCAUCAUACAGGCAUGGUUUUUUUUUAUUCUGUUUUGUUCGUCCCGAUUAACCACAAGCGCCAGUUGUGUGGAUGAAGGACUUUUCUAUGCAGGUGAACUGUUGGACCCAAGCAAAAAUUAAACAGUUUAUGUUUGAAGCCGUUCAAUCCAACCAUGGUUAUGGUAAGCUAGAUAAGUGUAGUAAAGGACAUCCCUUUCAAAAAGGCAAAAUAGUAAAAGCGGCAUAAACACGCGGAAAAAGUAAAAAAAGUUGAACACAUUGUUUGCUACCUGUGAAUGACCUUUGACCUUUGUGCUUAUAACACUCUAAGUAAGGAAAUCCUUUGCCUGUUAACGCACGCAGGCCUUCACAUGUCAGAGAUCUUGGGAAUGAAAAAAAAUGAAGCGUGAGGUUGUGGAAUAUCCCCAUAAUUCCCUGCAAACACAAAAACCAUGAAGAGCUGUGGAGAAAUAUAAAGGAUCAAGAAGUGUUAACCAAAAUCGGACACAUUUUGUCUCAAAAAGGAAUAAGAAAUGCUGCCUUUGUUACGAUGUAGUAAGCAAAGCCAUUUAUAUUAUUGGUUAAUUAAACACGUCAAACCAUUUAUUGCUCUCUUUUGUAGUGUUGUACCAGGUAAGUUUGUUAUUCUUUGUUUGUAGCACAUUUGUUUACAUAUGUUAUAAGUUACGCUUAUACCAUUUUGAUUUGAAGAUUCCGUGUUUGCUUAACCGAUAUAGUUUUGUGUUAGUAUUUUAGUUUUUAACCAAUGCUGAAGAAAGGACCAGAAAUAAAAUGGAAAACAAAUAACAUUCGGACCUAAACAAUAGAACUGCAGCAGCUUGAAUGUCCCUUUUUAGCCAAAAUGAAACCAAAACUACCAACAGCUACCUACCAAAACGCACGUUUAAGACCAUAUUUGAAAAAUGCAUAGCAUGAUUCCAACAUACACACACCAACAUCCAGAAUUUGUCCUUUUUCAUUCGUGGCGGUCACACAGGAGUUCAGUAACGGACAAUGGAGCGUAAAUGAAGCGAAUGGUGCAAACGAAGUUUAUAGCCAAACAAAACGAUUAUGGCGUAUACAAUGAGCACCACGGGUGUAUAAAGUGUUCAGUUUCUUAACAAUGCUUUUACAUACUAAACUUACGGGCUAGUAAUGUUUAUUCGGGGUUUAAAUGAUAUCGUACGGCUAAGUAUGUUCGAAAACCCCACAACUAGCCCACUGUUCAACUAGUAUUUAAUCGUUUUUUUAGUUCACUGUAAUAAUCUUUUGCCGGAGCCGUCCUAUCCAAAACGCUAUAUAUUGCAAUAUUGUUUGUAACAGAUAUUUCACCAGUAUAUACUAUCCUAUUCCACACACAUACAUGCAUCGCAAAUCCACCAGCAGAAACUUCAAUUAAAAAACCCUUGGAAAUCACUGCAGCAUUUACAAAGUGACGGUGAAACUCCGUUUGUAGUCUUCAUGUCGCUGCAUUGAAAAAGAAAAAAAAACAACAGUAAAAAAAACUGAUUAUACACUCAUGUGCACUACUCAUCUCCUAUACAAAUGUAAACGUUCACAUUUAGUAAUUCAAGGUACGAGCAGAAAUUGGAAGUAUUUACUCCUCUGGUAUAGUUAUUAGCUGCCGGUACUACGCAAAAAAAAAACGAAAAAAAAAUCCCCGAAAACGAGCCACAACAAAAAAACAAAACGAAAACAAAGGUGAACUCAAAUGUGAAAAAUCGUUACAUAAUUUCAAAAGGUAAAUUAAAUUUACCACAUAAUAAAAAUCGAAACUUUAGAAACACGAAGCGAAAACUCAACUCAAACAUGAAAUAUUUAACGAGAACAAAAAUUAGCAAUGAGAUAGCCCGUGUAUUGUUAAAUUCUAGAAACGAAUGCAUCAGCACAGCGGAUAACAGAACUAGAUGAGAGAGAAAAACAAGGAGGUGUCGUUAAAAAAAAAGCGAGAAAUAGAGCAGUAGAAAUAGGCUGAAAGAAGUUGAACGCAACAACAAUAUUAAUGAAGCAAAACACUGAUGUUCUUGUUCAGUAUGUGUGUAAAAUAUUUAAAAGCAACAAAAAACACAAACUAUUGACGAAACAAAGCAAAAAUCAGAAAAAUAUUGAAAAAAAUGUUAAGAAACAAACUCAUUUGUACU